GUAAGCACAAUUCGGUAGUGAAAACUUGGAAAGACGAAUUUUUCAAGUGGUGUGGUAUUGCUAGCUAUAGCCAAUACACACGCAAAUUUCGUUUUACAACCGUUAAACAGUCGUUUUCUAUCGUUUAUUGUGCCGAAAUCGUCGUUUAUUAUCGUUUUACGUACCGUAACCGCAAAUCUGAGUGAAAAUAGAGUGUGUUGUAACAAUUUCAACUGUUGCAUCAGCCGAAUUUGUCAUCCACCGCCAUUGUUAGUGUCCGUACCGUAUUUACCAAGUAAUUACCGAUUUCGUUUGAUCGUUCUUAUCAGAGUCCGUCGUCAUUACAGUAAUUACCCGUAAUUACCGUUUUCGUCUUAUCACGUCUGCUGUUAUCACUGUUAUCAUCGUUUUAACAGUUUUCAACUGUUUUCUACUGUUUUCAACCGCCGUCAACCGUAUUCAACUGCCGUCAACCGUUUUCUACUGAUUUCAACCAUUUUCAACUGCCGUCAACCGAUAUCAACCGUUUCCAUGUCCGUUUCCAUUUCGCCGAAAAUCGUUCGUUGGUAAUUCCUACAAUUAUGGGAAGGCCAAAAGGUAAACAGAAUCAAGAAGAAGAUGAUUUUGAAAUGAACGACAACGUAUUAGCGAAUACGUUAAUCCGUGAUUUGAAAAUCGCCGGUAGUGGAUAUCAAACCACUGACGUUCUGUAUUUCAAUGGCAACGUAUCCGUACCCAAAGCAAAGGAGUGGUUAUCGAGUUUUAAAACCAAAGCCCGAAUUAACCAAUGGACUGACGAGAUCAAAACCGACACCGCCAAAAGUAAAUUGAAAGGAGCCGCCAAAAGCUGGUUGCUUUUUCACCGCGACAACCUAUAGACGUGGGACCAAUUCGAGACGUUAUUCCGCCAAGCGUUUAUUGGCAAAUUAAGCGUAACAGAAAAAUUUGACCGAUAUCGAGACCGAAAACAAACGUCGAAUGAGCAGCCGAUCGAAUACAUCUAUGAGAAACUCCGUUACGCGAAAGACGACGGCAUUACGCCAGCUGAAGCAAAAGCCGAUUUAUGCGCCGGCUUCAAUAAAUAUCAAAUGGCGAACUAUUUACGUUCCUUUGAUUACGUCUCCGCUGAAUCUUACAUUGCUAAGAUUCGCGAAUUCAAUCGUUUCGAGAAGGCGAAAGCGAAUUUCGCCCAUCAACCGAGUUCCAGUCCGCCGAGUUCCACUGCAACAAAUCAGACUGCGAACUCUACACCGAAUCCGCCGCCGAGUAUGUUAUUGUGGAGAAAUGAAAACGCUCAGAACCGCCGGUCGUCAUCCGCAAGUCCGCCGCCGAAUACAAACCAACCGCCGUCACCGAACGAUAAUUCCGCUAACCGAUGUUAUAACUGUUUCCAAGUUACCAAUCACAUGGCCAGAAAUUGUCCUGAACUGAAAAGACCGAAAUACUGUUCAAUCUGCAAAACCGAAGGUCACAGUAGAACCGAAUGUAUGACACCAAAACCGAAUACCGAACCGCCGAAACCGAAUAUCGAGAAAUCCGUCAAUAUCGCCGCCGCCGCAUCCGUUACUCCGUCGCCUAGCGUUGAGAAUAAGUAUAUCAAAACUUCGUUCAUCAACGAUACCAAAAUUCCUGAGUCAAUGAUCGAUCCCGGAAGCCAUAUUUGCAUCGUUCGAGCCAGCGUCGCAAUACGAGCAAGUUCAACAAUCGAAAAAUGCCGAGACCGUAUUUAUGGUGUUGGUCAAUUGGAAACCGGCACCGAAGUUCUAGGAAAAAUCAAAGCUGCCGUCACCGUCGAUAAGGUAACCGUUAAAAAUGUCGAGAUCCUGAUCGUACCUGAUGCUGUCAUUCCAGCUCCAUUCCUCAUCGGCCAAAAUUGGACUGAAUCUCCAUCUGUUACAUACUUGAAAGUUUGAGACCAGCUGAUAAUACACAACGUCGAGCAACAGUUUUGCAUGUACCCAGUUGCUGAGCAGCCAAAAUCCGUCAAACUGUCGAAUCUAUGCAGUUUUGUAAGCACUACACAAAUCCGAACUGACGAACUGAAGACCGAAUCCGUACAAUUUAGUGAACCAGUUUCCAUACGUGAAUCUGUAGUACCUGAAACACCGAGCAAGAAACACCGAGCAAAACCACCCCGCCGCCGAUCAACAUCGAAAUUAUAUGCAAACCUCCGCCCAAUGUAACCGAAACCGUACCAAAUAUAUCCGAACCGCCGUCGAAGUUGCAAACCCAUCAUCGAGUCCACAACAAAUCAACGUCCGAAUCCGUUUGCGAACCAUUGCUCAAUGUAAGCGAAUCACCGUACAACACCGAACCGCCAACCAAUACGCGAGCCAGCAUAUCUCCGCGAAAUUCGUCAGAGAAAUGCGAACUCAACUAAGAAUCC